CGGCGGCGCCUCCAUCCGCCAUGGCGGCGCGGCCCCCGCCCCGUCCCCAGCCCCCUCACUGCUCUCACACCCUGAGACGCCGGGAGUUCACCGGCUGCGGGCCGCGCGAAUUGGCGCUGGUAGCCAAGCCCACCAAGAGAGACCUCUUCGAGGAGACGAUUUUGGCAGAGAGGGCGCUGGAGGAGGAGCAGCGCGAGCACGAACGCGUCCUGCGGGUGUUCCGCCACUACCGCAACGUCUGCGACUGGCACAAGGGCGGCGAGGACAAAUGGAUGCAGCGCGCUGCCGAGAGGAAGGUCCGGGCAACGCUGCAGCAGUACCUGCAGGAGAUCGAAGUGAGGAGAGAGAGGCUCCGUGACUUGCUGGAGGCAGAGGAGAGCAGGCACCUUGCUGAGAUGAGAGCACUUGAGGAGGAAAAGGCACAGCAGAAAGAAGUAAAGAUGAAGGAACAAGCAAAAUUACUGAGGGAGAAGAAGGAGCAAGAAAGACUACAAGUGGUGGCUGAAAAACGAGAGCAACAGUUCAGAAACCAAUGUCACGAGUAUCGCGAACACUGUAAAAAACUGAGUGAGAAGGAUCUGGGUGACUGCCAGCUGGCCCAGCAGACUCUGAAGGAGUUACUGAAAAAGGAAGAGAAGAUGCAGGAGAGGAAGUUGGAAGAGAUUUGUGAGAAGGAGCUGUUGGCUAAGGACCAGGAAGAGGAGCUGAAGGCGCAGGAGGUGGCAGCGCGGAUCCGGGAAAUGGUGGAUGUGCGCGACGCCCAGGUGGCCGUGCACGCCGCUCGCAGAGAGGAGAAGAAGCAGGAGAUCAGACAGGAUGCUGAAAGGCUGGAAAAAGAGCUGCACCAGUUAAGGAAAGAAAAUGAGGACCUGGAGAGGAAGAAGCUAUAUCAGCAGAAGGAAUGCAGGGAGAUGUGGCUCAAGGCAGUGCAGGACAGGCAGAAGCAUCUUGAUGCAGAAAAACAAAUUCAACUUGCCGAAGAGAAGAUGAUCUUGGAGAAUGAUUUUGAGGACACCGACAAAGAGUAUGAGAAAAUAAGAAAUAAAAAACAAACACUGUUGAAGGAGCAAGUUAAUUACCUGGAUCAUCUGGCUGAACAGCUGAGGAAGGAGAAGGAGCAAGAAAGAGAAGAUGAGAAGGUCUUCAAGGAAGAGAGGGACAAGGUUUGGGCCGAGAGGGUUGAGAAACAGAAGCAAGAGCGGGAGGCUCGAUUUCAGCUGCUGAGAGAUGUCGUGACCACAAGGCAGUCGCAGAUGAUGGAGAAGUUGCAGAAAAAAGAAGAGAGGAAAAUAGAGAUUGCUAAAGAGAAGAAGGCAAUGGCUGAAGCAGUGAGAAAAUUUGAAUAUGAAGAAGAAGAAGAACGUAUAAGAAAAGCACGGAAAGCCAAAGAAUACAGAGACCAGCUCGCAUCUCAAAUUGCCUAUCAACAAUGGCUCCAAAAAGCUGAGGAAGAGAAGAGGAAGAAAGAACACGAAGCAAACAUGGAAGCAGAGAGAGAGUACCAAGAAAAGAUACAGCUAAUUCUGGCAAAGUCCAGCAAGUCUGAAGUAAAGAGCCCCACUGCAAAAAAAGCACUAAUGCCUGACUCUUAAGGGCAUCACUCACUCUGGUAUUUAGCUCACUCAGUUGCCUUUAAAAAUGUUUUCUUAUGAUGCUUACACCUGACUUGAGUUGGAAGAACUCUCUCCACUGUGAUAUUCAAAACAUUUAAUUGGAAAUGACAAGAAACAUAGUAUUUUAAAGUUUAUUUUUCCCCCAUGGAUUUUUUUACAAAUCUAAUCCAAUCCAAAGUGCUUGACAUUUUAAUUCAAGAAUACUGUCUACCCUCCACAAUAGAAUAGUGUAUUAUUGUGACAUGCAUAAUGCACAGGUAUUCUUUUUAAUCUGCACAAAGAAAAAUUGUAGAAAACUUCUAGUAAGCCUUUAUUAAAAUGCUUUUCAAAUGGAAAA